CCAACUGGAGUACCUGGUCAUUGGAGAUUCAUCGUCGUGGGACCACUCAAUUUUUAUCCAGAAAUGGACUAUAAUAUUCACAAGAUCUGCAGGGUUUGCCUGGAGGAGGGCACCCCGGCGGGACCGCUGACGUCCAUCUACAGCACAGACUUUGCCAUGAUGCCCUCUGUGAUGCUGAUGCAGUGCGCCAAGAUACGUGUUUACAAGACAGACGCCUUGCCCUCGGUUAUCUGCAAUAAUUGCAUUUACCGCCUGGGAGUAGCUUUCCAUUUUAAGCAGCAAUGCGAAAACAGCGAUCUGAGACUGCGUCAAUAUUUGGGUUUGGGUGUACUCGAGUCCUGGCGUCAGGAUGCAGCCACCAACACGGACUUUGUAGAGAAACCCUUGCCCCCGCGUCGUAUACUGAUCUCCAGUGAUGAGGAGGAGCCAACGCACACGAAGACGAGCAAACGACGCUCGCGCUAUCAGCGCAAACCGCCCGAACAGCACAAGAAGCGCGGACCAAAACCCCUGCCCAAGAUGCCACACACCUGCUACGAGUGCCACAAGAGCUUCAAGUGCAUUGCCCAGCUUACCCAGCACAUACGAACGCACACGGGAGAGAAACCCUAUCAGUGCGGCUACUGCAUCCAGCGAUUUGCCCAAAAGUACAAUCUGAAGGUGCACGAACGUACCCACACGGGCGACAAGCCCUUCCAAUGCGAGAUCUGCUCCAAACAGUUCUCGGCGCUGGGAAACUUUCAGGCGCAUCAAAAGAUCCACAUUGGAGUGAGGGAUCAGAUCUGUUCGCUGUGCCAGAAGGGCUUCUACACGGCCGGUGAUCUGUCCAAGCACAUGGUAACCCACACCGGCAUCAAGAAUCAUCAUUGCGAUGUCUGUGGCAAGGCCUUCAGUCGGCGACGUGAUAUGCGUUCCCACAAAGUGAAGCUCCAUCCUCUGGAGUCCACCACGGUUCACGAUAAUGUGGAUGAUGAUGAUGAUGAGCCCAUAGACACAGAUCCCGUGGGUCUGGAUACCCUCGACGAUGAUCAUGCUCAUUUCAAGUGUCCCGACUGUGAUAAAGCCUUCGAUACUGCCGACAGUCUGAGCUUGCAUUUCCGCACGCACGCUGUGAACAACAAUCUCCUGAAUCUACCCUUGCCACCUGCUCCGCCCAUGUCACAUCACUACCAUCACCAUCAUCCGGCAGGGACUGGACCGUCCUCGGCAGCCAUGCAUCAUCACGAUGCGCUGCAUCACCUGGGCCCGCCGAAUGCAGCCACACAAAUGGGAAUGGCUGCGAUGGCACACAUGCUGGCACCACCGCCGCCGCCACCACCCACUCCCAGUGAGGGGCGCUACUCAAUGCUCCAUCAUACGGCCGCCCAAAGGUUGCAUUACUAAUGUUAAGGGGAAGGGGGACUUUUAGAUCGUAUUGAACACACUUUUUAUUUAUGUCGUUUUUAUAAAAUGGAAUAUUUGCAUGUCUGCUUUGUAUCUUUACUAUAAAUACAUGUAGAAUUUGGCAAGCACAGCUUCUAUAAGAUCAUUACGAUUGCUAAUGUCAAUGGAAAGAUCGUACUCCCUUUCGUUAUACUUAAAUGCAAAAACUAAACACACUAAAAACUUAUACACAUACACAUGUACGUGUAUAACUGGUACAUAAAAUUGUCAUUACUGUUGUAUAUAUAUAGUAUAAAACUAAUAUAUUGAUUUGUGUCGUAAAAAAUUGUCGUAUUUCAAUAUUGAAUGGUUUGUUUGGUAUUGGUAUGCAUUUGCAUCGUUGGUAUUGGCUCUUGAUCUCCAGUUUAUAAAGUGUAUAUAUGUAGUAGUAAAAGAAGCUCCUCCAAAAUAAGAGUUAUCAUAAAAUAUUGCUUUGAACAACGGCCUGGAAUGGUAUGUUGUGAUCUUCUACUUUAGCUUCUCCCUGAGCCACUCCUCGGUUAGUUCGUCCAGUUCGCGUAUUUCGUAGACACGCGUGAGAUCCACCUCGCGCUGUAGAGCGCUCUUGGUGCAGGCAUACAUCAUCU